AUGUCCGUCCACUUGUCGGUCGGCGUUGCGGACACGGCGGUCUGCAGGACGGACAUGUCCGUCCCUUGAUUUUAGGUCCAUAAUAUCAGAUAAAACUGAUGCUGUUGAACAAUUAUAUGAGUGGAAUUAAUUUGAAUCUGCAAGAAGAAUAUGAUAGCAUGUGUAUUUUAGUACUUAUGAUGAUUCGAAAUUGUCAUGUCUGUACCGCAGAUCUCGUGUCUGUACUGCAACCCCACUGCAUGUAUAGGCUUGACUUCACGUUCGCGCGUGCCAACGCUCCUUUCCCUCUCCCCACUCACUUCUCACUCGCACCACUCGAGUCGGACUCGGCAUUGAUCGCACCAUGCCACAACUCGACGUCACAUGCUUUCACAUCGCUCGCAUGCGCCAUUCAAUCAGCAAGAUGCAACUCGAUUUCUCUCAACUACAGCUCGACGUGUCACCUCAAGCCGACUGA